AUGUCUUGGUUCGGCGUCACCCCCCUCAAGAAGUUCCCCACGCCCGUUUUGCGGCCGAUGGCUCCCUUCUUCGCUGCCGGUUUGGUCAUCGCCUACGGUAUCAACUCUCUCCAGGGCGCUCUCAUGCAGUCCGAUGAGUGGAAGAACGACCCCCGCAACAUCUACGCCAAGAACAAGCCCGCCGCUCACUAA